AUGCCCUUUCAAGCAAUUUCCUCCCUCCCUCCAGGCACCUCUCACCCAUCUUCACCCCCCUUGCCACUUCAUCCUGCCUUAGCGGCCGGGCCUCGGUUCCAGCUUACCUACCUACACCCUUCUCAACCUCUACUACCGCCCCAACAUAUGCGCGCACGAAACAAACGUCGCCCUCUUGGCUUCUCGCUCGAAAUCUCACUCACCUGCUCUCACCGGUCCCGUCCCGUCCCUAGACGCCGCCCCUCACCGGUGAAGCCCAUCCCGCCAGCCACAGUCCGUCCUCGCCCGACUAACAGCUGGUCACCACCAUCACCACUGCACCUGGAUGACACGAAUGCCACCCUUCCGCAAGACCCUUGGUACGAUACUUGGCUCAUCCAGCACGUCGACCAGAGCAAAAGAAAAAAAAGAAUCGACAACGUCGCUGUCACGCCCUCAUUCGUCCGCAGUCGCGAGCGCGCCCGCGUCCCAUGGCGUCUGUGCCGCAGGAUAACAGAUCCUCCUGCUGUUGCGUCUUGCACUUUUCCCCAUCCUGGGCUGCAUUUGCUUAUCGAUGGGCAGUCUCUGCUUACUGGUACAGACAUCGAGUUUCACUUUCAAGGCUGUCGCAUGAUUCGGAGCAAACCCCUCUAUGACGAUUCGACCUCUGAUUCUGAUUCCAACCUCCACACACCUUCUCCUCUCCCCCACGGAAAGCGUCUCUCGACAUCUCGAUAUCCCGCGUAA